ACUUUUGUUGGGAAGUUAUGUUAUAAAUUGAUCAUUUUAUGCAUGAAGCUAAGGAUGAUGAAAUAAUACGUGAAUAUCCCUUAAAGAAGCUAACAAUUUUUUUGUAGAAAAAGUUGUUAAAUCCAUUUUUUUUAUAGACAAUUAUAAUAAAAGGGUUUAGUAAAAACAAGAGCAGAUAUUUUAGUUUAGUAUAUAUGUAUGUGAAGGAGUGCUUGUUGAAUCCAACCGAACUAAAGACUCACUCUAGUUCUAUCUCGUAUUCACUCUCUGACUCAUCGUUUCCUAUUAUCUAUUUCUCCGUCUCGGUCGUUGCAUUCAGCUUCAGUUUUCAUCUCCAAAGUUCCGUUCCGUUACACCUUCCUCUCCGUUGCGCCUACAUUGCAGGCAAAAUUCAUUUAGUGUUAAUCUACAAUGGCCAGAUGGGAUGCAAUCUUAUCUCUUCCAGUACAAAAUCCUCCCACAUUGGAAAUUUCUUCUACUGACCUAGUUUGGUCAAAAGUGGAAGGUUGGCAUGAUAAAUUAGAUAAAGUUGCUCUAAUCCCAUUUGCUAGAGUUGAUGAUUUUGUGAGGGGUGAAUCAAAUAAUAAAGAAUGUCCUACAAGAUUUCAUGUUGAAGCAAGGCGUCGACGGUCUCCAUCAACGCCUUUCAAGCAAAAGGUUGAUGGCAUACUAGAGUACAUUUUGUAUUGGUGUUCCUUUGGUCCGGAUGACCAUAGAAAAGGUGGUAUUGUCCGACCUAGUCGAACUACGUAUGUUCCAAAGAAGAAAAAUGCAGGUAGACCAAAUACCAAGAGAGGUUGUACUUGUCAUUUUAUUGUGAAGCGCCUUAUAGCUGAACCUUCAGUUGCCCUAAUCAUAUAUAAUGAUGAUAAGCAUGUGGACAAAAAGGGUUUGCCAUGCCAUGGUCCACAGGACAAAAAGGCUGCUGGAACACGUGCUAUGUUUGCUCCAUAUAUCUCAGAAGAUCUCCGACUUCGGGUUUUAUCUCUUCUAUAUGUUGGAGUCUCUGUGGAAACCAUUAUGCAGAGACACAAUGAAUCUGUUGAGAAACAAGGUGGUCCAUCUAACCGUGAUGACCUUUUGACCCACCGUUAUGUUCGACGACAAGAGAGGGCAAUCCGUCGUUCUACGUAUGAGCUAGAUGAUGAUGAUGCUGUUAGUAUAAGCAUGUGGGUUGAAAGUCACCAAAAUCAGGUUUUUUUCUACGAAGAUUUCUCUGAUGCAGAUCCAUUUACUCUGGGCAUUCAAACAGAGUGGCAAUUGCAACAAUUGAUUAAAUUUGGAAACCGGGGUCUGCUUGCCUCAGAUUCAAGAUUUGGUACAAAUAAAUUACAGUAUCCCAUUCAUAGUCUUCUAGUGUUCAACUCAGACAAGAAGGCCAUUCCAGUGGCAUGGAUAAUAGCACCAAGGUUUUCAAGUUUAGAUGCACAUCGAUGGAUGAGGGCUCUUUACAAUAGAGUUCACACCAAAGAUCCUACUUGGAAGUUGGCUGGCUUCAUAGUAGAUGAUCCAUUAUAUGAUAUUCUAGCAAUCAGGGAUGUGUUUCAGUGUACAGUAAUGAUUAGUUUCUGGCGAGUUCGUCAUUUAUGGCAUAAAAACUUAGUAAAGUGCUUGAAAUCUGAUAUGCAAAUAAAGAUAUCCAGACGGCUUGGGUGCAUAGUGGAUAAUAUUUGCCGUCUUCAAGGAAACACAUCACUCUUUGAAGAAUUCAUGGAAGAGUUUAUUGAUGAAUCCAAAUUUAUGGACUAUUUCAAGUCCACAUGGCAUCCUAGAAUAGGAGCAUGGGUCAAUACACUUCAAACACUUCCACUUGCUAGCCAGGAGUCUUGUGCAGCAAUAGAAUUUUACCACAACCAAUUGAAGAUUAGGCUGUUGAAUGAAAAAGAAAUUGGUGUUUAUCAGCGGGCAGAUUGGUUGGUGGACAAGUUGGGUACAAAAGUCCACUCUUAUUUCUGGCUGGAUGAGUACUCGGGAAAAGAUGAUUUUGCACGAUACUGGAAAAAUGAAUGGAUGAGUGGUUUGACAUCAUGGCGCAAAGCACUGAACAUUCCAGACGCUGAUGUCUCAAUAGAAGAUGGAUGUGCUAAGGUUACUGAUCAAGAUGAUCGAGAUAAAGUUUUUGUUGUCUGGAAUACUGGUUCAAUGUUGAGCAUUUGUGAUUGUAGUUGGGCACAAGAUGGCAACCUUUGUGAGCAUAUCUUGAAAGUUCUCAGUAUCUGCCGAAAGAGAGGGUCCGUUUUACCAUCUGUCACCUUAUUUCAGUAUCACCAGGCACUGAAUAAGAUGCUGCAUUGCCCCCCUUUUGAUUCUUUAAUUCGUGAUCACGCGGUGUCAUUGGCAGUUUCAGUUCGGAAGCAAUUAAAUACUCUACUUGAUAAAGAAAGCGUCCAAACUGACACUAAUUCCAUGGAGAAAUGGAUCGAUAUUGAUAUUGCACUGGAAAGUUUCAGGGUUGUUUCUGGUAACCGGGGUCAGGAUAUGGUUAUUAAUAAGCAUGUCAUCAAUGAUGUCUUAUCUUUGGAUGGUGGUCAAGAUAAAUAUCAAUCAAAUGAAGCCCCUGGAUGUGCGACUGCAAUGCAUGAUAUCACCGAUCAUGGUGAGGAUGGAGUUAUCACUAGAAAUGGCGAACGUUUUGAGAGUGCCAGUUUUAUAUCUGAUAUGGAUGUUGAUCCACUAUCAAAUUGUGUUAACCCUCCUGUCUUGCACCCUGUUGAUGAUACAGUUAUAAGUAACACGUUGCAAGAGAACAAAGACUGGAGCUUGGCUUCUACAGGAAAUGAGAUUUCAGCUUCUGAAAGUGGUGCUUUUUCUAAUGAUAAGAUUGAAGAUAAUAUUUUAGAUAAAGGUGGCAAAGAUUGUGCUAUGGAUGUGGAUUCCCCAACCUUGGCUACACCUUCAUCAACUGUGACACCCGUUAAGCCAGUUGCAGUUGAUAUGGGUGAAGAAAAUUCAGGUACCGUCAAGGAGGAUGUGAGUUUGGGUUCAAAUACCUGAAAUCAAAUCAUGAAUCAGAACACACAAUGACAAUUUAGAGAUAUAGAUGCCAAUAAAGAUAAAUUUUGAUACACUCUGUAAAAAAGCGUUCGUUGUCAAGUAAUUAGAAAAUCAUUAUGGCAAAGGUCAAUAAUUUUUAAUUA